AUGUUUUCUGGCCGAAAUGCCCUCAUCACCGUCGGUUCGGAGAAUAUCAGGCGGCGCCGGAGUCAGGUUGAGCGGGCGCUGCAUCGUUUCUACGGCGAGCCAGGCGCAUUUUCACAGCACCCACGCACAAAUCGUCUACUCGUCCGCCUCUACUGGGCCCUCCGCUCUUUCCAAUUCCACUUUCUGUACCGCGGCGAAGAGCUGGCUACAGAGGAUUUCUCGGAGAUGCGAUGGGAGGUGGCCAUCCAUCCACCACCCCUCGAUGUUCUCGUCAAAAAUACGGGGUUCGACCGCACGUGGCUGAAGUACAUGUACGGACGGUUUAAAAAUGAAUGCCCCAGCGGUCGGAUGAAAGAAGGGGAAUUCAAGCGAAUCUUCGCGCUAAUAAUUGCCCCGGAACGCGCAUCCGAUCAAUAUUUGGGCCGGAUGUUUCGCGCCUUUUCCAAUGGCCACGAGGAGAACGCGAUGAUCACGUUUUCGAGUCUUAUCCACAGUCUAUCAUUCUCUUCCCGUGAUACCCCAGAGGCGAAUGCCGAGUGGACGAUUAGAAUCGUCACCGGAAGUCGCGACAAGACGGCCUUUAAUUUGGCGGAAUUCUCGGACUUUGCGCAGACGGUGUUCGCGCUGCAGGAGGGGCGGACGACGGUGGCUGAUGAUAGAGGAGACAAAGAGACCGUCGAACAGAGGGCAUUCACGAUAUUUAAGGAAUUAGACGCGGACGGCGAUGGGCUGGUCGAUACCGUGGAGAUGGCCCGCUUUUUUCAGCGUUUGGAGGAGCGGCAGAAGACCGAGUAUCUU